UCAUCUUUCUUUCUGAGUUACAGACCAUUGCCAGUCAUCGACUGAAAUGGUCACCCUGCUGAAGAGGAGCCACUCUACCUAUUUCUUCCAUAAGCAAGCAUUAGACACUGUUACAAUCACCUGGAUUAUUGUUACGUGGAACUACUGUAUCAGCAAAGGAGGAAUCUAACACUGAGCUCAUGAAAGAACGUUGCUAGUAAAACAAGAAAGGUCUUCAGAGAGACAGAGGAUUUCAUUAAAGAUCUUGGGCUGAAAAAUCUUGCUGGAAAUGGAGACUAGGUGAAGACAAACGUGCAGUUAUUUCCUCAUUUUGGGCAAGAGAGUGGAUAAAUGAAAGGCAAUUCCUAACACAGGAAGAAAGACCUUUCUGCAUCUAAGAUGGUGAAGAAAGGAGUGAGGAAGAGAACAAAAUACUGGGAAGUCUGAAACCAGGACUCGAAGGAUUAAAAGGCAGCAACUUCUGAGGCGAUUUGUCCCCUGAGUUAUGGAUGUUGGUGCACUUACUUCAGGCCAGAUCAGAGCUCAGAGGAAUCUAACCAGAAGCAGCAACCACCGGCUCUCCACUUGCCUUUUACCAGGUUUUACCCUUCCAGUAUGUUUCAUUUGAUAAGACAUUUUCCAGCGCCCAGAGUUUCAGUACAAUGUGCAAAUGGAUACUGACAAAUGGUGCCUCAGCCUUUUCCCACCUGCCUUGUUGCUGCUUGCUGCUGCUCUUCUUGGUGUCUUCUGUGCCUGUCACCUGCCAUGACCUCAGCCAGGACAUGCUGUCCCCGGAGGCCACCAACUCUUCUUCUUCAUCAUCCUCCUCCUUCCCCUCGUCCUUCUCCUCUCCUUCCAGUGCGGGGAGACACGUGCGGAGCUACAAUCACCUCCAAGGAGACGUGCGCAAGAGGAAGCUCUACUCUUACAACAAGUACUUUCUCAAGAUCGAGAAGAACGGCAAGGUCAGCGGCACCAAGAAGGAGAACUGCCCCUUCAGCAUAUUGGAGAUAACAUCUGUAGAAAUUGGAGUUGUGGCAGUUAAGUCCGUUAAGAGCAACUAUUAUUUAGCCAUGAACAAGAAAGGAAAAGUGUACGGCUCUAAGGAGUUUAACAGUGAUUGCAAAUUGAAGGAAAGGAUAGAAGAAAAUGGAUAUAACACAUAUGCAUCCUUAAAUUGGAAGCAUAAUGGAAGGCAAAUGUUUGUGGCUCUGAAUGGAAGGGGAGCCACGAAGAGAGGGCAGAAAACAAGAAGGAAAAACACAUCAGCUCACUUUCUUCCAAUGGUUGUAAUGUCAUAGAUGAAGGAACUAUUUUACAGUUGAACCAAAGGCUUUUAUGUCAAGAAUAUUUGGUAAUCCUUUUGAAGGGUAAAUGCAAAGAAACAGUGCAGACAUCUGCUUGUUUGAAAAGAGAGCUAGGGAAGCCUUUGAAGGUAUUGUACUCAUUGCUGGCACAUGAAAUACUUUUAUUUAGUUCAGUGUCAUAUCUUAUAAUCAAGAUAUAAGCUGGAUCAAAUGGGAUGGAAGUUAUUGCCAGUGUGAACAAUUUUUUUUAUCUCUGCAACGGAACCUAAGGGACUUGAGACGAUUUGUUGAAUGAUCUUCAUGGGGAAAGUUAUUUAUGGAAUACUAACUCAUAUCAAAGACCUUAAUCGCUCAUUCAAGCCUAAUGAUCCAAUGAACAGUUAGGCACGCAAGCAUUUACUGGAAGCACUUGGGUCAUAUGCACGAAUAAUAACAUUUCUGGAGAAGCCUUGUGGAUAGGAUUAAAGAAUAUAAGCAAAGUAGUGUAAAACUGUUCUAACAAAACGAAUAGUAUGGUUUGCUUGUAUGUUCUAACUUCAUUUCUUUUUAUUUCUCUCUAAGUUAUUUAUUUAAUAGGAUGUUAAAUAUCUUUUUGAUUUGAAAUGUUUUUCUCAUUUGCUUCUUUGUUAUUUUCUCUUUUUCUCAGUACUUCACAAAGAGAUUGAUAGGUUAAAUGUCAAAACCUCAGAAGUACUCUGAGAAUAGGUAUUAGACAAGGCUUUAAAGGCAGAAUUUAAUGUGUAUAAUCCAUUUUUUUCCUAAAUUGUCUUGCACUUAAGCAAAAAGACCAAACAAGCAGUGCUUGGAUUUACGGUAUUGAGUGUCUUUAUGUUGGGGAUCUUUUUUUUAAUUAUCAGCACUCAAGAACAAACUUCAAGAAAAACUUUGUUGAUAGGGUCUUUCUGCUAUUCUGAAGUCGUGAGAAGGGGCCACUUCUGUACUUGGGUGUCAGUUAAUCUGUAUGUAUAUUCAACUGACUUUGAUUUCAAUUUGGAACCAAGACCUAACGCAUUGCAAGCAGUGCAGUAUUCUGCAGCAAGCAUUGGGCUGGAACCUGGAUUUGGACAGCCCCGUUAAAGUCACUGAGAUUGCAGAUGUUACAAUUAAACAGUGUGUAGUUCCCAAGUGAAAAUUUGGCCUCUGAAAGGUAAAUAAGAAAGCAAUAUAGCCCUGCACUCCUUAUUCAGUUGAUGCCCAUUCAGCACAUUUGUCCUUGUUACCAGCUUGCGGAAUCAUGGGCAUUUAGUGGGAAUGAUAUAUAAGUGACGACUGAGGGACAGGAGAUCCAAAAUCAUGCUCAUGCAUUUAUCAGAAAUUAUUACUCACAUGUAUAGCAUAUAUGAGAGCCAAUCAAAAAGCUGUGCUGGUAACCAGCUUUAGCAUGCCUUUCAUAUCUGUCAUAGUAACUGAAGGCUCAAAAUACAUAAUAUCCAGCACAUUUUUAUGAAGUGUUACUAGUCCCAUGGCUUAACUGGAGCAACUGCAGUAUAACAAAGUUAAGCAUAAUAGGAAGUCUGUUCAGUUAAAGGUACAUAAAGUUUGUUUUAUGUUUUGCUUUACUCUGUAAUUUUAGAGAGCUCUGGAUAGCUCACCAAUGUAACCAUAUUGAGAUUCAUUUUGUUAGAGCAGAUAAAUAGAAAACAGUACAUCAAGCAAUUUGUACCACUGUCUUCACAUUGUAUUCCACUUAAAUAAGUAAGUCUUUGCAGUGUCUUUAGUAAGAAACAAAAGUAGUAUAUUAUUUUGUUCUAAAUACUUUAAGUGAUAACUAUGAGAUUAUAUUGAUGCUGCAGUUUUAUCUUCAAUAUUUCUUGUUGUGAAAAAGUUGGUUUUAUUUUUAUUGUUUGGAAACUGUAUUUUGGUACAAGGGAGAGCCUUGCUUAAUGUGUCUUUUUGAGAAUGUUUAACCUCUAUAAAAGCUGGUGUUGUUGGAGUCUUCUAUAACUUAUUUAAAUCAAUGUUUAACCAGCACUUCAGUCUUAAUCUGUUAUUUAAGUAUUAGCUGUUUUUUAAAAAAGCAAAAAAUAAUAGCUUUCCCAUAAAAUACAAAAUGGUCAGAUUGCAUUUCCUGUCUUUCAAGAAAGUCAACUAUUUUAAAACCAGGAAUUUAUUGAAAAACAACAUCUUAGCUGACAGCUGACCUUGCCUUUCAUGGUUCUUUAUUCCACCUUUCUUCUUCACAAAUGAGAUUUUCCUAGAAAGUAAAACAAGGAUUUCAGAUUUUAUAUGUGAUUGCAGGUCACAGCAAAACUUAAUUACCAUGAUAAAAGUGAGUUUCAGCUGUUAAAAAAUCCUUAUUGAUAAUUAAAACUGACAAGACAUAAUAGACCACCCGCUGUAAACAUUCAGUGUGAGCUUGGGCAAAUGCAGUGUUAGAUGACCACUUACAGAACAUUUAGGGUACAAAUGAAGUUCUCUUUUGACAGGAUUACCUAGAUGACUUGGUCAGGGGAUUAUGUGUAAAUAUUAUCAUAGUACUGAAAACACCAUGCUGCUCAGAGGCCAAGAUCAGGAAAUAUCACUUUUCCAAAGUGAGUCAGGAGCAAUUUGUGUCAUGAAUAGUGGUUUCUGAAAAUUAACCAAAAUAAAAAAAGCCUUGAAGGAAUCAAUGAUUCCUGUGUGUUUGGUAUACUGUAAUACCCACUAUAGUGGGAGAAAACUGCAGACACUCUAUCUAUAGAGUAUCGCACAUCCUUAAUCAUAAGCUCUGUAUUCUGUAUCACCUUCAGCAUAACAGAAUUCUGAGCAAAAGGAAAACAGAGAAGGGGAUUUAAAAAGGAAAAAGGAAACAGAAUUCACUGAGCAACAAUGUAUAGUAUGUUAUAUUUAAAUAAAAAUAAUAAAACAUGGGGAUUAGAGAAUAAGAAUAUUGUCUUUGUUUGUUUUAUUAACCAGAAAUGAUACUACACAAUAAAAAUAAAAAGGGAAAAGGUCCGUUGUACUACAGGAUGUGGUUUGGUGCUGUAUAGCCACAAAACAAAACAAAAAUCACUUGAACAUUUGUAAGUUUCUUUAAUCUUUUGCAUGUGUGAGUCAGCUAUCUCUCCACUAACAACAACCAAAUGCUUUAGAUUCUUCCUGAAAGUAUUCAAAUCCACCUAGUUUAUACAGUGGAAAAAGCAAUGAAUUUAAAGAAGUUCAUUUGGUGAAAGAAUGAAGGGGUUUAGGAAGAAGAACAUAUACUUGCAUUUUUGAAGUAAACCUUAAUUAUAGGAAAAAAAGUUACAUUUUAUAUAAGACUUCAUUCAAGACAUUUCGGGUUUUACAAAGUACACUAAAGUUAGUGAGCUUUAGUAAUACAAGAAGACCAGUGUAUAAGCACAAUUCUGUAAUUCGUUCCCCUGCUGAAACGGAUUGUCUGUAUUCACACAAUCAGUUAUAACUGCUUCAGGGAGUGAUCUUGAAACUAAUGCAUGAAAACAGCCCCUCUUUUGAAGUAUCAAGUAUCAUUAUUUACUCUAUUAAGUUAGAUUGUGAGGCAGAAUUUGUCCUCCUGAUUUCCUGUUGAAUUCGAGAAAGAAAAGUACAACACAUAACACAAACACAGUUUCAGUGCAACUGAAAAUAACAAACACGUACAAAACCCAUUGUUUUCCAUCUCAUUAAAAGAAAUAGAAUAUUAAAAAUGAAUUGGGUUUGGACCUAUCUAAUUAUGGUUUAUAGUUACACCUAAAUAUUUAAACCUCGUGUUUAACUAUAUGGAAGCUUUCUCAUAUAAGUUUGAAGAUUUUCUAACGAAGCACGGUGAAUCUCAGACACCUAAUUGAUGUCUUGUCACUCACUAAUCCCAGAGAAAAAAUGCAAUAUGUCCUUUGCCCACCCCAACAAUGUAAAGAAAAUAUGCCCCUGUGAAAGGCAAAAUGAAGGAACCAUGACAAAGCCUCAAGUGAGUGAUACAGAAGCACUGAUCCCUAGAUUACUGCACUAUAAAUGAGGAUAAUUUGCACCAAAACCUUUAUUGACACCACUGUAUACUAUUUCAUUAACACAAAAUGCUAACUCAUGCAAUUGAAUACAUGAAUAAGCUGUUAGUAAAAUCAGAAACACGUGUCCCAUCAGACCAUUUUCAAGAGAUCAGGCUAUGAGAAUUGCAGUAUCUGUUAAAAAUCACAGAAAGUACCCCACUGUAUGAUUCUGUGCAAAAUACUUAGGGCUCCGAUUGUACAUA